AUGUUUACGAUUAUAAUUGGUUUGAUAUGUUUAAUUAUUGGAAAGAUUGAAAUUAGACCACCAAAUUUAAUAUUGAUUGAUUUGAUUUGGGUUUUAGUUGUUUUAAGUUUAUUUUUUUAUAUUUUAUCAGAUGGGAAAAUCACAAUUGUGGAAUGUGGAAUCAUGUGUGGUAUGUAUUUGAUAUAUAUCCUAUUUUUGAAUUUAUAUGAUAAAGAGAAAGAGAAAUUAAAAGUAUUAGACCAGGAAAUAAUAAUUGAGCAUUGUGAAGAUGAAGAAAUUGUACCAAAACCAAGAAGAACACAUGAUGAGAGAGAACAUGAACAUCUUUACAACAUAGAGGAUGCAUUGAAUGUAUUGAGUAAUGAUGAAUUGGUAAGUUAUGGAAGUAUUUCAAGAUCACCAUCACCAUCAUUAAAACAAUUAAGUCCAUCGGUAAGUAUAAAUGAAGAAGAAAAUGAACCGGGUAAACCAUUGACGAUUUUAAAUCUAAUUGAGAUAUUUUUUAAUUUUAUUGACGUUGCUUUCUUAUUGUUAAUUCCAGUAUAUGAAGAAAAUAGCUACUUGAACAAAUAUCAUCAAAUGUUGGUAGUAUGGUUUAAUGUAGGAAUACCAAUACUUUUAAACUAUCAAUUUUUUCAAUUUCCAUUGGUUAAAUUACUUCCAUUCAUUUUAAUAUCUACAGUGUUGUAUCAAUUUAUUAUUAAAUAUUACUUACCACGAAAUUUCAAAAUCAUUUCAGUUUCAUUGAUAGGCAUAGUUGCAAGUCUAAUAUUAAUAUCAAACAUAUCAAUAUUAAUACUACAGAUCUUAAAGAACUUAGGCUUUUUAUGGAAAAUUUCAGAUUAUUUAUUAGGUUUAUUAAUUUUUGCAAUUUCAAAUUCCAUAAACGAUUUAAUUACAAAUAUAACAUUAAGUACUAAAAUUAAUCCUAUAUUAGGUAUAAAUUCAUGUUUGGGAACACCACUAUUGAUUAUUUUACUAGGUAUUGGCUUGAAUGGGUUAAUUGUAUUAUUAGUAAAUUGUCAAUCAGAGAUUAAAUUUAAUCUUACUUCAAAUUUAAUCAUUGAUACAAUGAGUUUGAUUCUUACUAUUAUAUUGAUUAUCAUUUAUUUGUUGUUUAAUCUGUGGAGAUUUGAUAAAAAGAUUGGUGCAUUUUUAAUUAUUUGGUAUUUAGCAAUUACGGGGGUGAAUUUGUAUUUAAAAUAG